AUGAGACUUCUCCCGGCCACGUUGCUGGUGGGAGCCGCUUCGGCGGCUGUUCCACCUAUGCAGCAGGUCAUGGGUGGCCUGCAGCAGCAGUCACAGGGUCUGGUCCAGGAGGGUACAGACUUCUUGUCCAAGCCAAUCGAGAAGCUCCAGGACCAAUUCAAGACCCUCUCUGCCGAGGCUCGUCAAAUGUGGAAGGAGGUGUCUGAUGCUUUCCCCAACUUGGACCAGACUCCCAUGCUUUCGCUUCCUAAGAAGCACACUCGCCGUCCUGACUCCCACUGGGACUCUGUCGUCCGCGGUGCCGAUGUGCAAAGCGUCUGGGUCGAGGGUGCCGAUGGCUCCAAGCACCGCGAGCUGGAUGGAAAGCUGGAGGCUUAUGAUCUCCGCGUCAAGAAGGUGGAUCCCAGCACCCUUGGCAUCGACCCCAAGGUCAAGCAGUACAGCGGUUACCUUGACGACAACGAUAACGACAAGCACUUGUUCUACUGGUUCUUUGAGUCCCGCAACGACCCCGUAAAUGACCCCGUUGUCCUCUGGUUGAACGGCGGUCCCGGCUGCUCCUCUCUUACCGGCCUGUUCAUGGAGCUUGGACCUAGCUCUAUCAAUGCCAGUAUCAAGACUGUCUACAAUGAGUUCUCCUGGAACUCCAAUGCCUCUGUGAUUUUCUUGGACCAGCCAGUCAACGUUGGCUACUCCUACAGUGGGUCUGCUGUCAGCGAUACUGUGGCUGCGGGCAAGGAUGUCUACGCCCUGAUGUCCCUCUUCUUCAAACAAUUCCCUGAGUACGCCAAGCAGGACUUCCACAUUGCUGGCGAGUCCUACGCUGGCCACUACAUCCCGGUCUUUGCUACCGAGAUUCUCGCCCACAAGAACCGAAACAUCAACCUUAAGUCCGUGCUCAUCGGUAACGGCCUGACUGAUGGUCUCACUCAGUACGAGUACUACCGUCCCAUGGCCUGCGGUGAGGGUGGUUACCCGGCUGUCCUGAGCGAGAGCGCCUGCCAGUCUAUGGACAACGCCUUGCCUCGUUGCCAGUCCAUGAUUGAGUCUUGCUACAACAGUGAGAGCGCCUGGGUCUGUGUACCUGCCUCUAUUUACUGCAAUAACGCUCUUUUGGCUCCCUACCAGCAGACUGGCCAGAACGUCUACGAUGUCCGCGCCAAGUGCGACCCCGAGGCCGGCGGUCUGUGCUACAAGGGCAUGAGCUAUGUCAGCGACUACCUGAACAAGAAAGAGGUUCGCGAGGCUCUGGGUGCUGAGGUUGACGGUUACGACUCCUGCAACUUCGACAUCAACCGUAACUUCCUCUUCCACGGUGACUGGAUGAAGCCCUUCCACCGCCUGGUCCCAGGCCUUAUCGAGCAGAUUCCUGUGCUCAUCUACGCCGGUGAUGCCGACUUCAUCUGCAACUGGCUCGGCAACAAGGCCUGGACCGAGGCUCUGAAGUGGCCUGGCCAGAAGGAGUAUGCCGGUCUUGAGCUGGAGGACCUUGUUAUCAAGGACCAAGAGCACAAGGGCAAGAAGAUUGGUCAGGUGAAGUCUCACGGCAAUUUCACCUUCAUGCGCCUCUUCGGUGGUGGCCACAUGGUCCCUAUGGACCAGCCUGAGUCCAGCUUGGAGUUCUUCAACCGCUGGCUCGGUGGUGAGUGGUUCUAA